AGCUCGGUCACACCGAUAAGUUUGUUCAGUUUUGUUUUCUCUCGUCUUGCUCGUCGGCGUUUUGCUACGUUUCGUCUUUUCCGUAACCGCAAAUUCUUGAAACAGUUCACAACAACAAAGUGCGAAAUUCGAAAUUUCUUGUUCUCAAUAGAAUUUAAGAGCACAAACCCAAGCAUAAUUGCUAUAUCAAAGAAAACAAAACGUUGUAAAAGCCAACUAGAAACCUCAAACGCUGAAACUAACAACGAAUUUACCAACUAUAUACUGGACACAAAUUAUAGCAGCAAGAACUUGAACAACGUAGUAGAAUAAUAAUAAUACUAAAAGCAACAGCAGCAGCAGCAGACCUACAUACUUAUAACGGGGCUGAUAACUUAACGCAGAAAGAAGAAGAGGAAGAAGUGGAAGCAGAGUCAGCAGUGACAACAACUUGGAAACAAAAAAGAAAGAAGAAAAGAAAAUAAAAGAUGUCAUUUCGCGUGGUUCGCGCAUCAAAAUUUCGUCACGUCUAUGGACAGUCGCUGAAACGGGAGCAAUGCUACGAUAAUAUACGCGUCUCCAAGUCCAGCUGGGACUCCACAUUCUGUGCGGUGAAUCCAAAGUUUAUGGCCAUCAUUGUGGAGUCGGCGGGCGGCGGCGCCUUCAUUGUCUUGCCACACAACAAAGUUGGACGCAUUGCAGCGGAUCAUCCAUUAGUGGGUGGACACAAAGGUCCAGUUUUGGACAUAGCGUGGUGUCCACACAACGACAAUGUGAUUGCUUCCGGUUCGGAGGAUUGUGUGGUCAAGGUGUGGCAAAUACCCGACGGAGGAUUGUCGCGUACCCUCACUGAACCCGUUGUGGAUCUAGUGUUCCAUCAGCGUCGCGUUGGUCUGGUCUUGUGGCAUCCAUCGGCGCUCAAUGUGCUGCUCACCGCCGGCUCUGACAAUCAGGUUGUCAUCUGGAAUGUGGGCACUGGCGAAAUUCUUGUGCACAUCGAUUCGCAUCCCGAUAUUGUGUACAGCGCGUGCUUCAACUGGGACGGCUCUAAGCUGGUGACCACUUGCAAAGACAAGAAGAUCCGCAUCUACGAUCCACGCUCCGCCGAGCUGGAAAGUGAGGCCAUGUGCCAUGAGGGAUCGAAGGCCACCCGCGCCAUCUUCCUGCGUCACGGCUUGAUCUUCACCACCGGCUUCAAUCGCAGCUCGGAGCGUCAGUAUUCAUUGCGUGCUCCCGAUGCGCUGAGCGAGCCCAUUGUCAUGGUCGAGCUGGACACAUCGAACGGUGUAAUGUUCCCAUUGUACGAUGCGGACACGAAUAUUAUUUAUUUGUGCGGCAAAGGCGAUUCUGUGAUUCGUUAUUUCGAGGUGACGCCGGAGCCUCCAUUUGUGCACUACAUCAACACAUUUCAGACUCCAGAUCCACAGCGCGGUAUUGGUUUGAUGCCCAAACGUGGCUGUGAUGUGACAACUUGUGAAAUUGCCAAAUUCUAUCGCCUGAACAACAAUGGUCUCUGCCAGGUCAUAUCGAUGACAGUGCCGCGCAAAUCCGAUCUCUUCCAGGAGGAUCUCUAUCCCGACACACUCGCUGAGGAUGCGGCCAUCACAGCCGAGGAAUGGAUCGCCGGCAAAGAUGCUGAUCCGCUGACAUUCUCGCUCAAAGAUCGCGUUUCCAUUGUGCAGGGUGGCUAUGUCUCGUCGUCGGGCAACAACACGCUCUCCGUCAGCAAGAAGGCCAACAUACUGAAUAAGGCUUCAGCAUCCAGAGGAGGCGGCGGUGGCAACGCCCUCAGCGGUGGCAAUCAUUCAUCCGCGAACAACAACGAAGCCAACGAUGGACCUCCUCCAGCGGUAUUCUCGGAGAAGGAUCACCGCAAUAUUCUGGACGAGAUUCGCAAGCUGAAGGCGAUCAUUGUGAAGCAGGAGAAUCGCAUUCGUGCCUUAGAGGCUAAGGUGAAUUCAGCUGGUGAUGAGACGGAUGCCCGCAACAGCAAUAAGAAUGGCAGCGGUUCAACUGCAGCAGCGACAUCGGCGGCGGCAGAAAGCAGCCAUGCCAGUGAAAGUGCCAACGAUCAUGCCACGUCCGCUGCGUCAGCAUCAGCGGCGGAUAAUGCACAUGACGAGGAUUAGCUUCAGCUGCAAUCAUAAAAAGAGCUACUGGGAAGAACAAGAAAUUAAAAGGAUGCUGUAGAGGAAGCGAAAGAAAGAGAGAGAGACAAAGAGAGAACUGCUUGAAGAAGCUCGUCGUUAUCGUUUGAAUUUCUCUAAAUGAAAAAUUACGUUUAUAUUUUGUACACGCUAAAUGAGAGUCGUCGUCGUCUAUGAUUAUGA